AUGCCACUCCACUUCACUCCUGCUGCUUGUAUCCUCUCCGUCUUUCCCCUUCCCUCCGUCUUCAAGCUUUCUCCAGAUCAAUCAGAAAAGGGAAGGGACGAGGAGCCCGGCAUGCCGCUCUGCAGCUUCUACGCCUCCACGUCCGUCCCCGUCGUCAAGCCCCAGCAGUCCGUCGCCUCCUCCAAGUCCCCCUCCACGGCGGCGGCCUCCGUGGCUACAACUGUGCCGAUGCGCAGUGCGGCGGCGGCGACGGCGACAGUAACGACGGCCGUGCCCACAGCGAGCCCAUCGCUGUCGCUGCACCUGCCGGAGCUGCCGUCGCAGGUGAAGGACAAGAUCCUGAGCCUGGAGCUGAUGGGCGUGGACUACGGGGGCGCGCUGGAGCUGAACCCGGCGCUCCGCGACGCGGCGCCGGAGUCCAUCCACGCGGUGGUGUCGUUCCUCCAGUCGCGCGGGCUGCAGUUCAAGGACCUAGGCCGCGUCUUCGGCAUGUGCCCGUCCGUGCUCACCGCCAGCGUCCGCGCCGACCUCCGCCCCGUCUUCGCUUUCCUCUCCGAGGACCUGGGCGUCCCGGAGUCGGCGCACCGGCGCGUGGUGAUCAAGUGCCCGCGCGUGCUGGCGUGCAGCGUCCGCGACCAGCUCCGCCCGGCGCUCAUCUACCUCCGCCGCCUGGGGUUCCGGGACAGCCGCGCGCUGGCGCUGCAGGACCCGAUCCUCCUCGUCUCCAGCGUGGAGCGCACCCUGGCGCCGAAGCUGGAGUUCCUGGCCGGGCUGGGCAUGUCGCGGGACGACGCCGUCGCCAUGGUGCUGCGGUGCCCGGCGCUCUUCACCUUCAGCAUCGAGCGGAACUACAGGCCCAAGUUCGAGUACCUGGUGGACGCCAUGGGCGGCGGCGUCGAGGACGUCAAGGCCUUCCCGCAGUACUUCGCCUUCAGCCUCGAGAAGCGGAUCGCGCCGCGCCACCGCGCCGCGGAGGACGCCGGCGUCGCGCUGCCGCUGCCGGACAUGCUCAAGGCCACCGACGAGGAGUUCAGGGAGAUGCUGGACAAGGAGCGUGAGCUGCUCCAGGAGCAGACAGCGACGACGGACUGA